AUGAGAUCCGCCCUGGCGGAGGAACCGAACUGCACCCCCCUCAAUAGUGGAAGAAGAGCCGAUGUUUUCGUUCGCAUCAUCCACUUACUCGGCAAGUUAGUCGGCGAGAGUAUCCAAUUUCGAAACGUCGAUCCUGGUAGAUACCUCGCCCGGCGCCGACACCGGCGCUGGUUUGCUGCCAUCUGCCGGAACCCUCGCCGCCGCCGCACUCAUUCGCUGUCCUGUCCUGACUCCUUAGCUCAGUCUUGUCACCCUUCAAUCUCCAUCUUCGUCGAACUCGCACCCGACCGCUGCUUUGAUCUCGCCUAG